AAAAUUUCUCAGAUAAAGCUACAUUUGUUGGAGGAUCUUUCGACUAAAAUAAUAUAAAGGAUGUCAAACUUGGGACAAUUUGACUCCGACUUUUACCAAUCUAAUUAUAACAUUGACAAUCAGGAGCAGAGUUAUAAUGAUUCUAAUGCCUAUGGAAAUCUUUAUGGAUCUAGAAAACAACAAGCCAGUGAGCAGCCUCAGCCUGCCUUCGUCCCACCAGAGAUGCUCGUGUCAUCAAGUUAUGCGGGACAAUUCUUUCAGCCAGCAUCCAACCAGGAUUAUUAUUCACCAUCUUCUUACAUUGACAGUUUUGAUGAAGAGCCUCCUUUACUAGAAGAACUCGGAAUUAAUUUUGAUCACAUACGGCAAAAAACCUUGACAGUGUUAAACCCACUGAAGCCAGCAGAUGGCAGCAUUAUGAAUGAAACAGACCUCACUGGGCCCAUCCUGUUCUGUGGGGUCCUAGGAGCUUCCCUACUUCUGGCAGGAAAAGUCCAGUUUGGUUACGUGUAUGGCACGAGUGCCAUUGGCUGCUUAGGGAUUCACGCUUUACUAAACUUGAUGAGCUCUUCAGGGGUGUCCUGUGGCUGCGUGGCGAGUGUUCUGGGUUACUGCCUGAUACCCAUGGUCAUCCUGUCCAGCUGUGCCAUCUUCUUUUCACUGCAGGGAACCUUUGGAACUGUGUUGGCACUGGUCAUCAUUGGCUGGUGUAGUCUCUCAGCCUCCAAAAUUUUCACUUCAGCCUUGGCCAUGGAAGGACAGCAGCUUCUCAUUGCCUACCCUUGCGCCUUACUUUAUGGGCUUUUUGCCCUCCUAACAGUUUUCUGA